AUGGCCAACUCAAGCGGUCCAGGUGCCCCUUUCGAGGAGACCGAGCGCUUCAAGCUGAUAAAGAUUAUCACUGAAAAACUCGGGAAUCUGACAGAUUACACCCACAAGAUAAGUACUUUUAAAACUUCUUAUGCGGCCUUAUGGCUCGCCGAUAUUGAGAAAUUAAUUGCAUUGAGUGACAAAGAGCCUUUUGAUAUUUAUGCCAGCCUACUGGUUUUUGAGUCGGACCACAGAAUAGGUCAAAGAUGGCAACAAAAGGACCGACAGGAGGAAGCUGUUGACUCGCGCAAAAGAUCAGGUGAAUACAUGGACUUGCCCAAUGGGAAGGGGCCUAGAAGACAAUCUGCAGACGUUGCAUGUCAGGACCGCGAUAAAGCCUGCAUUCUCACAAAAUACAGCAAGGACAUCUGCCAGCCAUGCCCUUUAUACCCAAUUUGGAUGAGUGAUGAGAAUAUGGUUGAUGUGAGAUUGUUUUUCGGGGGACUAAGACAAUUUUGGAGGGAUAAGAAGGUGGAUGAAUGGCAUAACGCCAUUUAUGGAGAUGCCUCCGGGCCUGAGAAGCCUGAAAAUCUCAUACUUCUCAGUCCAAACGCAUAUGUACUAUACACCAAGGGAUAUAUUGCCUUUGAGCCCAUCGACAAAGAUCCAGAGGGCAAGUGGCUCACACUUAAGCUUUGGUGGCUGCAGCAACAUGAAGAAGACUGUGUUGAUUUCAGUAUUAUCCCGCAACUUCCAUCAGAUCUCCACCCAUCAGACUACGGUGCUGCUCUGCAUGAUGUCCGCAACGAUCGUCCACUCCUCUCUGGUGAGAUGAUGACCCUUGAGACACAUGAUCUGGAGAAUUGCCCUCUCCCAGAUACACGAAUCCUUGAAAUGCAGUGGGUCCUGAAUCGUGUGCUUGCGUUAAGUGGUACUGUGAAACCGAAUGGUCUCGAAGACGAUGAGUGGCACGAAGACUCAGAUGAGGAACUCAGCUAG